AUGUCUCCGGAGCUGGAAAGGAAGCUGGAUACUGUGGCAGCAGAAGGAAAUGGACCCUGGUUACAUAGACAGAGAAGAGAAUGGAUCAUUGCCCCCAGAAAGCUGAAGGAGAACCACGACUACACCGGCCUGGAGAGUAUCGCCAAAAUUCGCUCUGAUAAGGAGUACAACGAGACAAUAGUAUACUCUAUAUCAGGGCCUGGUGUUGAUAAACCGCCUUACAGAGUAUUUUCUGUCAACCAUGAAAAUGGUUUGGUUAAAAUCCAUUCAAUUCUGGACCGAGAGGAGCGCGCCGAAUAUAAUUUAAAAGGUAUGGCCAGGUUUAAAAACGGGAUACCAGCUGAGGAACCUAUUGAUCUUAAAAUCACUGUUGAGGACGUGAAUGACUGCCCACCAGUCAUUAAGCCUCAGCAGGUCGGAUCUGUCAGUGAAUCCAGUGCAGCAGGUACUUUUGUCAUGAGAGUGAAUGCUACUGAUGCCGAUCAAGAGAACACACUCCACACAAAACUCUUCUAUAGCAUUGUCCAGGAGAGUAACAAGGAUGGGAUGUUCUACAUCAACUCUGAAACUGGAGACGUCAUGGUGAAACAGACGACGCUGGAUAGGGAGAUAAAAGAUACUUACAAGUUGAUGAUCAGAGCCACUGACAUGAACGGACAAGGAGGAAUCUCAGGAGAUGGAGAAGUUGUGAUCAAAAUUAAGGACAUAAAUGACAAUGUGCCGAUCUUGGAGAAAGAAAUGUAUGAAGGGAGCAUACAGGAAAACACUAUUAACACCGAAGUGUUGAGGAUUCAAGCCAUUGACAUGGAUAUGAUUCACACUGACAACUGGAAUGCUGUCUAUGAAAUCGUUUCAGGGAACGAGGCAGGCUAUUUCAGUAUCACUACUGAUGCCAAGACCAACGAGGGAAUCAUCACGGUUAACAAGGCGCUGGACUAUGAGGAACUAAAGGUCGUCAACUUGGGUGUGGGCGUCUCCAACAAAGCGCAGUACAAUUUUGGUAGCACCCAAAUGUCAGGAUCUAUCGGCCAAAAAUCCUACCCUGUCAAAAUUAAUGUGGUCAAUCAAAAGGAAGGGCCCCGUUUUGUGCCAGGUGUGAAAGUGGUGACCAUCUCUGAGGACCACAGCUCCAUCUCCCUCAAAGAGAUCAUCACUAACUACGCUGCUACCGACAGUGACACACUGCUGACAGCCACCAACGUCAGAUAUGCAAAAAUCCGCGAUGAUGACAACUGGUUGAUCAUAGAUGAGAAGACAGCAGAUAUCAGGCUCAAUAAACUACCUGACAGAGAGUCCAAAUUCUUGGUCAAUGGAACAUAUUAUGCUGAAAUUAUAUGUAUGACCGAUGAUAAUCCCUCAAAAACUGCCACAGGCACCAUAGCCAUUCAGGUGGAGGACUUCAAUGAUCACUGCCCAAAACUGACAACAACAGUUCACACUCUGUGCCUCGAGGAGAACGUCCUCUACGCCACAGCCGUGGACGAGGACGAGUUCCCCAAUUCAGUGCCGUUCGAGUUCACAGUGAUUGAGGACAAGAGUAAGGGGAAAUGGACGGUGGAGCAUUUUAAUGCCACCACAGCAAUUCUCAGAGACAACGCCGACUUGUGGCCAGGUAUCUACCAAGUGGCCGUGGAGGUCAAGGACCAGCAAGGGAAAGCAUGUGGUGACCUUCAGAUGAUCGAUGUAACCGUGUGUACGUGCGAGAAGGACACCAAAGUGUGCACGACACGCAGUUCGAAGACAAUAGGUUUGGGAGCUGGAGGGAUCCUGCUGCUGCUCCUGGGGCUGCUGCUGCUGCUGCUGUUGCCGCUGCUGCUGUUGUCCUGCCUGUGUGGAGGUGCUGCAGCUGGGGGAGCUUUCAAGCCAAUUCCAUUUGAUACCAAACAGCAGUUGAUUUCAUAUCACACUGAGGGACAGGGAGAGGACAAGGAGGUUCCUCUCCUACAUGUCCCGGUGGAAGUCGACGGUAGGGCCGGGAACAUGAACAUCAUCAACCGGAAAGAUGUGAUUACAGUCGGAGGAGCAGCGGGUGGAGGAGCAGUGGGUGGAGGAGCAAUGGGUGGAGGAGCAGUGGGUGCAGGAGAUGCCACUGGCAUGUAUAGAUUCAUGACAGAAGAGGAAUGGCGCAGAUACAGAGAGACGAUAGGAUAUGAAUCGGGGUCAGGGUUCUCCAGAGAUGGGUUCUAUAAUGGGAUGGCUCUAUCUGAUCAGUUCCUGGAGGAGUACUUUGUGAAUAAAGCAAACCAUGCCUCACAACAGUCCCAGCAGAAGGAUGGACUGCUGGUCUAUGACUAUGAGGGUCAGGAGUCUCUGGCAGGUUCUGUAGGUUGCUGUAGUCUUCUCGAGAACGAUAAUGAUCUCGCCUUCCUCAACGACCUUGGGCCUAAAUUCAAAACCCUGGCAGAUAUUUGUCAAGGAUCAACCAUCGUGACUAAGUUAUCGAAUGCAGAUGUGUCCAUCUCCUCACCAAGACCGGUGUCUCCAGUCAGGCCCUCCACCUCCUCCCACACACAUGUCCACACUCACACAGAAUCGAUCAGGGACAGGGACCGUGUCCAUGUCAACGCUGUGGACAUCUCCAAUGUAGCAACCGGAUCCUCCACGAUCUCACAGGAGGAGUUAAUUACUGAGAGAGCCCAGGUUUCUAACGUGCAAGUCCAGGACAAGAUGAUGAUUCCCAGUCAGACCCUGCUCAUACAGCAACCCACUAUGUACUACACUGCUGCGCCCAUGUACGUAGUCGAGUCACAGCCCCAGAUGAUGCUUGUGGCUGGAGGCGCCCAGCAGCAGGUGGUGGGUCAAGUAGCUGAAGUUGGGCUGAGUCAGGGGAUGAGUCAGGGGCUGGUGCAGGUUGGUGGUCACCAAGGUUCUCAGGGUGUGGUCCUCGUAGACAGGCAAGUAGGAGUGGAUGGAGCCAUGGGUCAGAUGGCCCAAGGCCUUUCGCAGGGAACUAUCUCCAGGUCCAGGAAGGUGUUCCUGGUGGAGAAUGGGUCCACCGCUGGACAGCAAGGUGGACAGUUUGUGCAGGGAUUUAUUCAGACAGGGGGACAUUUUCAGGGACAGGAUUCCACAGAGCAGGGCCUUGGGGUCAGUGGUCAGGGCUUGGAGGUCAGAGGUCAGGGCUUUGAGAUGAGGGCUCCGAGUUUUGCGAUGGGUUCACUUGGUUCAACAGGAUCAAAAGAGGAUUUCUAUGGCCACACCCAAGUUUCUAUGGCAACACCCAAGUUACAAGGAAGCCAGAAACUGGUCGUGCAACAUAAGAAAGUGUCUGUUACAGAGAGAAAUACUGAAUCUAAUACAAGAGCCUAAAGCAAAGAAAAAACAUUUGCUUAGCAUAUCCACAAAUGUCACAAUGCUCAUCUACUGGAACUUACUUCAGUUUUUUAAAAUAUACUAAACAAUCUUCUCGUGGUACAGAUUGAUAACUUGUUAAAUUGUGGUAUAACUGGUUACAGUAAGUACAACACUGUAUGUCCUCUACACUACUGCAGUAUCAUGACCAUACAAUUACACAUUACAUACAGUGUUGGUGUAAAGUUUAUAGCAGAACUGGGAGAAAACAACAGAUUAUAAGAGGCAUUUACACACUAGCUGAGGGGGAACAGAACAUCUAUGGCCAGUCAGUGUAGGCAGUGAAUGACAGCCAUUAAAUCACCAUAUUUACUUUAAUACACUAGCAAGGCUUCAGGGUGGGAGCGGCCAAAGUAAACAAAACUAAACAAAACCAUUCAGUCAUACACUGCAUAUUAUCUCAUCAAACUGCAAACCUCAGGCUAAAUCUUCCAACUAAAGAAAACUGGAAGAAGUGGAUAACAUAAAAUAGCCACAGUACAUCUCCCAGGGCUUAGAUAGGUGUCCACCAAUCACAUAUAUUAUAUCAAUUUUGAAGUAUCAUAAUUGGCUUGAAAUAAUCAAAUUUCAUGUUUUAUUUUGGGUAAAAUUAUUGUAUGUGAGUCAUAUGCAAGAAAACAACAAUUAUUAAAUAGUUUAUAGAUAAAGAUACUCUGUGAUUGUUAAGAGAAACAAGUGUUUGACACACCUAUACAUCUAACCACACAACUCCUAUGUCCUCCGACAAUAUGGUAACUAAAUAACAUGAUUGGCUUGGAAGAUGAAGGGUGAAAAGGAAUGCAUAAAUAGAACAGAUCCAAAGUGCAUACUCACGUACAUCAUCACAGACACAGACAUAGGAUCCAUAUUUUACUAUAUUUGUUAUAUUAUAAUAAGUCGUAGUCACUAGCAACCAAUCAUAGCACCCCAACUGCAGGUCAAGGAACAUCUCUGCUUUAAUGGGAACAAAAUAAGAGCGAAACACAACAUAUGAUGCACUAAUACAUGAAAAAAAGAUGAUGGAUUGUAGUGGGAACAUUAAGUCUGUAAACCAGUGAUGGAACUCGUGUUCUCCUUUCUGAAUAUUCCUACAACGUAUGAAGGACAGAAAGGUAUUUCAUUGGUACAGAUCAAUACUCUUAAUUAAAACUCCUACAGGUGCAGUAAGAGAGGCACUAAAUAUCUUACUUAUUGAAUUUGUUGUUUAAUCAGCACAGAACCAGUUUCAGAGAAAAUGCUGUGUUCAUAAAAUCCCUGUUAAAAUUAAGAUAAAUGUAUAAUGUUUGAUAAAGUCACUAAGACAGAAACGUGUGUACAUAGUAUCCUGCUGCAACUCACUGCUGUGAGUGUUGUAUAUUUUUGUGUGGUGUAUUUGUUUUUUGGAACGUUUUAGCUGUAGCCGUGCCUUUAGCUGCUCUGCUGACCUUUGGAUUGUUUGACUUAGUUAUACUGUAACUAAGACCUGGGUGGGAAUUCGUGGGAGAACUGUAAAACUGAUAAAAGCACCGUCUGCAGCAGAAUCAAAGCCCGAGUGUUCGAAUGAUUUAAUUCACCAGGAAGGGACAAGGAUCUUUUUAUUGCUAGUCAUUGUUGAUCGUAAAUCACAGAAUAACAGAAAUCCUACUUUUUAUUGUUGCACUCCCUAUUUUCUACAGAAUAAUGUGGGUAACUGAAAUAAUCCAAGGCUUUUAAUUUUGCUUUUUACAAAUGUUUAUUGUGACAUAAUUCCCCCAUUAUUUUUUAUUGUAUUGUUUUUAUUCUGUGUUUGUGAAAUAUUUCGGGUUUGUGAAUGGGAAAAGUGCCAAGCACUAAAAGACAUUUGGUAGAAUGACAAAUUCAUUUUUGGUAUAGUUGAUAUUUUAGUAGUGAGCUGUAUGAAUACAGCAUAUGUUGCUCUAGAACAGCGCAGUACUAAAAAAAAGCAUUAUAAUGAGGAUGUCUUCAUUAUUUUCAAGUUUUGCACGUCAUAACAUAAUAAAAUCUAACUGAAAGAAA